GCCUAUAGUCAGAUCAAGUUUCCAAUGUUCCAUAGUAGUGGGUUCGACGACCUUUGGGUCAGUUGAAAUUACGCAGAUCGAAGCUGCCUAUAGUCCGAUCUAUAUUGUACAGAGAGGCUCUUGCGAACGCACCAGCACGCGUGGGGACCACCCGGGGAGUGAGGGCCUCAACUGCGUGGGCGGAGGAGUGGAGAAGACGGCGGUGAGGAGGCAAGUUCGAUGUUGACAGGAGGAUCACUUGGCAGUGAUGUAGAGAGCAGCAUCAAGUUGCCGAGCGCGGUGCGGGGGGAGGCUGUCUGGUGAUUGGCUCGUUGCGGAAAAGCAAAGGAGAAAGAAGCAGAGUAGAGAAGAGGUAGAGGGCAAGGAUGCACGGGCGAAAAAGAGUCUCGCUGCCCAAAGGGGAUCUCUUAGACGAGGCGGAGCUAAAGAGGCAAGCAGCAGCAUCGAAGAAGGCGCUCUUGUUCUCCCGCCUGCUGGCGGAAGUGUUGGCCAAUCACAAGGAGAAAAGAUAUGAAGCUGAAGCAAUGGAGAAGAGUGCUCGGUUGCUUGAGAUUAAUCCAGAGGUGUAUAGUGCAUGGAACUAUCGAAAGCUUGCUGUUCAACACCACAUGAAAAAAGCUGGCGAAGACGCAACUCUGAAGGCAUCUAUUGCAGAAUCGGAGCUCCGAUUGGUUGAAAGAGCACUCCAAAAGAACUACAAGGCAUAUGGGGCAUGGUAUCAUCGUAAGUGGGUUAUUCAACUGGGAUGUGGUUCAUUGGAUCGAGAGAUGAAGUUGAUUGAAAAGUUCCUGAAUGCGGAUGAUCGCAAUUUCCAUGGUUGGGACUAUCGGAGGUUUCUUGUGAGGCAAGGACCGUCAGGAAGUCCUGAGAAGGAGCUGGAGUACACGAUGGAGAAGAUAAAUCAAAAUUUCAGCAAUUACUCAGCCUGGCACUACCGCAGCUACUUGCUACCUCAGAUAGACAAGGGAGACUCUUACAAGCAUGAUUCCGAGGAGACAAGGCAAUGGCUCACUGAGGAGUUCGACCUCAUCCAGCAAGGGCUGUUCACAGAGCCUGAUGACCAGAGUGUGUGGAUGUACCAUUCCUGGUUAGUUGGUCAGACUGUUCCUACAGCCUUGCCCAGUGUGAUUGCUGUCUGGCCACCUCCAGGUACACGCUUAUCAAUGCCCACAACCACUUCAAAGAGCGAAGUGCUUAGCAAUCCGUUCAAUGGCAGCACCAAGAACAGAGAAAGAGAGGGAGGUUGGUGGAAGGCAGGCCUCAACCCUGACAACUCUAGUGCUGUCAAGUUGGCUUGGGCUCCCAUGUUGCUAGCUUUCAACGUGCCGGUUGCAGGCUUGGAGAAAGCUGUGAAAGUGAGGAUAUCUAAUCGUGUAGGCGAUCACAAUGGGUGGACAGGUUGUGUAUGGGAAGGGUUGGGCACACGGAGUGGGGGUUCCUCAAGGGUCUGGAGAGGUUGUGUGGUGUUGGAGGGUUGGAAUAUGUCAUCAAAGAAGGAGGCGCCUGCACAACUGGACAUCUCUGAGCAGGUCAUUGGAGACAGCUCAGGAGUUUGGCAGAUUGAUGUUGAAGUCAACCAGGUCAAGGUUCAUGAGAGAUGUUCACCUGAUGAUAAUGUCUGUGGUAAGCCCUUACAAUAUUCGUUUUAUGUUGAUCGAGCUUCUUCGGCUGAAGAGGACGUGACAGUCUUAGCAGGAGGGAAUAAUGGACGUCCAUGGCCAGAGGAGGUGCGCUUAGGUAAGCCAGUUGAAGGUGGGUGGCUGUCUUUUUGUAACUUCAUGGAGGAAAGAAAGCAGUCGAGGACAGUUUGUGGGUCUGCGACCGGCAUUCUCGGGAACGAUAGGCGAGGAGCAAAUCAGGAUGGAUCUCCCGAUACAGCUUGGUGGACAGAGACCUUGACAAGGGAGAUUGAGGUGUGCAGAGGGCUUCUGGAUCUUGAGGACAGCAGCAAGUGGACAAUGCUCACGCUUGCAAGACUUCUUCAAGCUCGAGGUGAUGAGAAAGAUCUCAAAGAGGUUCGGCACCUGUUGAAGCACCUGAUGUUGGUCGACCCAUAUCAUGAGGGAUACUACGAAGAUAUUCAUAGUCAACUGGCUUUUGAAGAGCGGUUGGAAUCUUCAUUUGAAAGCGUGGAAGUUGAAGGCUAUGGCUUCCUCAGUCUAAGGGAUUAUCAACUAUCAUCUCUCGGAUUCCACGAACAGCUUCUCUUCAUCCGUAACCUGGAUUUAAGCCGUAACCGCCUGCGAUCAGCCCAAGGUUUGGAGGCUCUGCAGCUGAUGACAUGGCUAGAUCUCAGCCAUAACCAGAUCACACACACAUCUGCUCUUUCACCUCUUCACUCCCUCCCUUUUCUUUGUGAACUAAAUCUCUCUCACAAUUUGAUUGGGUCUCCGUUACAUGUGGACACUUGUCACUAUGCACUAAAGGGAUCUUUCACCAGCAACCUUUAUGUCAGAUGUUCACAACAUCCUCCCUACUCUUCUCCUCCUCCUCCUCCUCCUCCUCCUCCUCCUCCUGCAGAAGAACAACAGGAGCAGGAUGAUUGCCUGCAGCACUCCGAAAUUGGGUUUGCUGUCAAUCUCAGAUGUGAGCUUCCAGGAAGUACUUGCCCAAGCUAUGGCUCCGGAGACUGCAAUCAGGAGUUAGGAGAGGCUGAUGAUAGCCAGGGAUCGCGAGAGGUAUUGAAUAUCUUAUCUGGUCUAUGCGGUCUUCGAAUCAAUGCUCUGAAUAUGUUUGGCAACGAAGUCUGUGAAUUGAAGGGGUAUCGUGAAACGUUACGGCAUUUGCUACCUUGCUUGCUGCUUCUUGACCAAUCCAAUGUCUAAGUGGGUUCUGUGAUGAGCUACAAGGUUUCAGCUUUUGCCGUAUGCCCUCAGAAUGGAAUACCAACUAUGUACCCAAAUUCGAGAUCCUUGUCAUUCUGCGCCACUUUGUCUUACAAACAUCUCCCUUCCUCUGCAGGAAAGGGGUUCGGUGUCUUAAAUAAGCAAACAUCCGUUACUCUUAAUCACCUAUGACUUAAACAACAUCCAUUGCUCGCUUUGGCUCAUAUUUUGCAUAAGAUGCUUUUGAUAGAAUGGGCAUGAAGAAGACUCCUGUACUGAACUUUGAGAUCCUUGUCAUUCUGUGUUACAGCAUCUCCUUCCUCUAAAGGAAAGAGGUUAAAUCAAGCUUAGCUCAAUUU